AUGAAUCCUCGCCAACUGUUGGAAGCCCCACAAAGUACUCGGUCCGGUCCCGAUCCAGAUCCAUGUCGUGGACCAUCUCAGGAGAGCCAACCAUCGCACAUCCAUCAUACCCAUGGCCACACAGUACAUCGGAGGCACUCUGUCACAACCCCACCAACGAACCGGACACCCAAACAUCUGUGGGAUCUUGGACUAAUUCGAGGACGGGACUGCUAUUACCUGGUCAUGCCCCAAUUCGAGGACAGGAAAAAUCUUUUUGACCAUCCCAAGCUGGCCCCCGAUGGCCUGCCGACCGCCGAGGUGCGCAGGAUCUAUGGCCAGAAUGGCCUGCCGAUCUCCGAGCCCCAGCGCCUCAACCAGCCCGCGCUGAAGGCCAAACAGGCCCUCUCCAUCAAGAUCUGGAGGAACUCGCUGAUCGACAAGGUCGAGCAGGUGCUCAUGGACCACGAAUCUAACACCAGGUUCAGGAACCCGCUCUCCGAGUCCCUCAUCCGUGUCGCUUCUUCCGACCAUCCCCACCACCCCUGA